AUGGACCACGAACGGUUCCGAGCGGCCCUCGAAAAGGCGAUGGAGAAUCACAAGACUGCGAGCGAGAGAAAAGGUCAAAAGCCAACGAACAAACCGAGCCGUGCCGACCUCGAGCUCAAGCUCGAGCUUCAAAAGCGCUCACAUUUGGACGACAAGUUCGACGGAUACAGCUAUGUGUCGCAGACGGUCAUCGGACAUGCGUACCCGCCAUGCAUACUGCCUUUGUCUGGGCUGAGACCCAUCCUCAUCGACGAGCUCCGCCUCGAGACCGUCCAUCGUGGCCGCGUCCUUGUCGUGCGUACAUUUGCAAGCCCGCUGCACGUACAGUCGGUGUCGAGCGCAGUGGAAGAUGGUGAUGGGAACGUCGACCGGAUCUCCGUCUACAAUUUCGAGCGUGGAUUGAAAGCAGAGCAAGUUCUUCCGAAGGGCGCCGUGUUCGCAAUCAACGAGCCGUACUACAAAGUGGCUGUCGAUGGAGGAUACACUAUUAGGGUGGAUCAUCCCACCGAUAUUGUUCAUCUGAGAGAAGAGGAUGUCUUGGUGCCUACGGGUUUGCGGUCGAAGAGAGAAGAGGCUGGGCAGGAGGAGACAUCAGCGCAAUGGAAGACCAAGGGCAAUGCAGCGUUUGGAGCAAGGGACUACCAUACGGCUGUUGACUGCUACUCCGCGGGCCUAGCACUCUGCGGUGACAGCUCUGAAGACCUAGUCAAAUUCGACUUGUUCCGCAAUCGUGCUAUUGCGAACAUCCACCUGGGCCGAUACGAAACCGGGGCUGCAGACGCUGAAGCCGCUAUCAUUCCCAAUUCCUGGAGCGUACAUACGGCUGACUACGCCAAGAAAAAUAGCAAGGCACACUAUCGAGCUGGAUGUGCACUUUAUCAUCUACAGAACUACGAGCGAGCAAAGCAGCAUUUUGAGAAAGUGGUAGAGACUACACCCGGGGAUGCAGACGCAUUGCGCGAAUUAGAACGUACGUCACACCGUCUUCAUGAGCAGUCUACUGGCGAAUACGACUUUCCAGCGAUGACGGCAUCUGCCUAUACCAAACGCAAGCGACUCGAUCAUGCCAAUUUCACGGUCAAUGUUGAGAUUCGCGACACCGAGAGCAAAGGCCGUGGUCUUUUCGCCGCAAAGGACAUCAAAGCUGGUCAGCUGGUGCUUUGCGAGAAAGCAUUCUGUGUGGCCUUCGAUAGCGAUCCCGAGGCUGCACAGACGGUGGUGUUGAACUUGAAUACCAAUAGGAUGGCUCUGGGAAGACAUUCUAUCCGACUAUUCAACGCGGUGCACAAGUUGAUCCACAACCCACAGCAAGCGCAGCGAUUCUUGGCGCUGUGCGAUGGCGGUUAUCCACGUACUGACCAUGUAGUCAUGGACGGCAAGGUAAUGGUGGACACAUUCCAGACUCAAGCGGCCUUGGAGCUCAAUGGAUUCGCGUGCCCUUCCGUUCCAGACGUCAUGGUCACGGAUCCUACGUCGCAAUUGGGCUCCUCAACUGGGGUGUGGCUCACGCCCGCAGCGAUCAACCACGACUGCAUUGGCAACGUCAACAGAGCCUUCAUUGGGGAUAUGAUGGUCGUUCACGCUACCAAGGACAUCUCACAGGAUGAAGAGCUCACGUUCCGCUACAAGAACCCCAGCUUCGACAAUGACCAAUUCCAGAAGGACUUGCAGGAGUCGUGGAAGUUCCGGUGCGUAUGCGCACUCUGCACUGCUGAAGCGGCGACUGCCGUCUCACAACGCAAAAAGCGCAGCGAGACCGCGGGUGAUGUUCAGAAAUUUCUCGAGACCAACGAUUUCGAAUCCUUCGACGAAACACCUGAAGCUGCCAUUAUGAAGGCCGAAAAGCUGCGGCUCAAGAUGGCCAAGCUUUAUGACGAGGAGCAUUUCAAGGGCCUGCCACGUCUUGCGCUACAGGACUUGGACCUUUGGCUUUGCAUGGCUACCACCGAGCAAGGCAGCCAUGAAAAAGUCCGCAGUGCUGCGCUCGAUACAUUGUCCGAUUUGGAUUACGAGGUCAAAGUAAACGAUGAAAAGGUCACCAUCGACCAGCAGAACUGCAUAGCCGAUGAAGUGGUUGUCAAGGGGGUCAUGUACCUAGCAGCUUCAUAUCUGCACGAGGGACAAGAUCAGGUGGCUGAACAAUUAUGGGAGCUCGCUGUGCAGGUGUACAAGAUUCUGUUUGGGUCGGUUGUCGGCUUCGAGGAGAGGUACGGAUCUUGA